AUGAACUCUGUCAGCAAUGGAGACUUCAUGACUCAGACCACUCAUAGAGCGUUUGAGCUAAUUGAGAACAUGGCUGUUACCUUAGCCAAUCAGAACGAGGAGAGUGAGUGCUCGAAGAAAGGGAACAGUUCUGACACCCAGAAGAUAGAUGAGCUGACUACCAAGGGUCAGCAGGUUCAGGCCAAGGCGUUAAAUCAGGUAACCACGGAAAUCGACACCAGGAUGGGCAACAUGUUCACUGAGCUGAAUGCCAAGUAUGACGCUGUUGCGAGCCACAUAAGAAAGAUCGAUGUUCAGCUCGCUCAAACAGCUGAGAGUGUUAAGAGGCAGCAAGGUAUGCUCCCUGGAAAAACUGAUAAAAAUCCUAGGACUGAGCACUAUAAUGCAAUCGAGCAGCCGUUCGCUGAGACUGUUCUAGGCACAGAAGAGAACACAGAGCUGUCUGCUAGCUCUGGAGCGACCGCUCCUAGUGAACCUGCUGAAACUGCACCAGUGCGAGUCUAUGUUCCUAAGGUUCCCUAUCCAAUUCCACCUAAACAUUUGAUGGAUCCCAUUAGUGCAGAGCAGCUGGCUGGGUUUAGGAAAAUGGUGAGCAGAUUUCCUAAAGAGAUCUCAUUUGAACAUGCUUGGGAGAUUCAGCCAUUGCGUCUGUUCUUCAAAAAUUGCAGAGAGUCUCAAGAGGAAAUUAAGGCUCUCUUUACCGAAGCACUGACACCAUCGCUGAAGGUACUGCCUAAGGUUGAUGACCCUGGAAAGUUUGUUUUUCCUUGUUCCAUUGCUGGAGUGGAGUUCAAGGAAGCUCUUUGUGAUUCUAGGUCUAGUGUGAACCUUAUCUCAAAAGCGAUUGUAGACGAGCUGGGCAUUGUUCAUGUUGAGCCUUCUCAGCUGAAGAUGGCUUUUGCAAACUCUUCCAUGGCAGUUGUUGGGAUGAGCAAGGAUCAUGAGAUGCCUUUAAUCUUUGGAAGGUCAUUUAUGCCUACAGUAGGAGCAGUCGUCGACAUGCCUAAUAAGAAAGUUUCUUUCUCCAACAUCAACAAGGAGGUUUUCUACAAGGAGCUUGGUAAAAAGGGUGAGAUCAAAGAAGUCCUGGAUGGAGAUCCUCACACUGAUACCAAGAAACUCAGUGGAAAUGUAAAGGUGAAUGAAAAAGUCUAG